GAGGGAUGCGCGGCGCGUGUCGGUGAAGCGGCUGCGUCCCGGCCAUUGCUGCUCCUCUCAGUUCCUUUCGCGACGCCGCCGAAGGUGCAUCUCCUCGGGAAAGCUCUCUGAACUCUUGGGGCUCUUCUCGCCGAACCGGACCGGGCCAUGGCUGACCAGCUCACCGAAGAGCAGAUUGCAGAAUUCAAGGAGGCCUUCUCCCUUUUUGACAAGGAUGGGGAUGGCACCAUCACCACUAAAGAACUUGGCACUGUGAUGAGGUCCCUGGGGCAGAACCCCACUGAGGCUGAGCUGCAAGAUAUGAUCAACGAGGUGGAUGCCGAUGGGAAUGGCACUAUUGACUUCCCAGAGUUCUUGACUAUGAUGGCAAGGAAAAUGAAGGAUACAGACAGCGAGGAGGAGAUCCGGGAGGCUUUCCGAGUGUUCGAUAAGGAUGGAAAUGGCUACAUUAGUGCAGCUGAGUUACGCCAUGUGAUGACAAACUUAGGGGAGAAGCUCACUGAUGAGGAAGUGGACGAAAUGAUAAGGGAGGCAGAUAUCGACGGGGACGGACAGGUCAACUAUGAAGAGUUUGUGCAGAUGAUGACUGCAAAGUGAAGCCUGCAGAAUGGGUGGCUGGCAAUGCCCAUUCUCCUUCAAUACUUUUCUCCAACACACUCUCUCUACUUAAGUAACCUGGUUCUCUAAGCAAACAAUCAGCUGUGGAAUAAAUCUGACCAAGCAAUUUAAAAAAAAAAAACUUCCCAAGCUGCAUGAUUGCACUCAUCUCUCCCUCCUCUUCUUGCUCUUUCCCCUUUCCUUCCUUUCUUCCUACCUUCCUCCUUCCUGGUGCAUCCCCUAAAAAUCUGCCACAGCCCCAUACCUUGUGGAUGUCUUUGUUUCCAUCGGGUCUCCUUCUGUUCUGCGGUCAGAGCUGGCCCGUCUCCCAGGGCGCAGAUUUUCUUUCUUUCAAGAAUCCACAUGAUGGGGUGGAGAGAGCGCAAAAAAACCUUCUUAAUCGUGUUGCAUGUGUCUGGCACUGUGGUCGUGUGCGUUGACAUGGUGGUUGCCACCGAAGGUCUUGCCCCAGUGAACACCAGCGGGUACAAGGAAGAAAUUGGGAUGUUGUUGUUGUUGUUGUUUUUUUCCUUUUCUUUUUUUCCUCUUAGUUUGCUUUGGAGGGUGGGAAGGGGAGCUGUCCCCACCAUUUUGGGUGUUCAUGUGGCUGAAGGUGGAUUCCAGAGAGCUCUUGUCAGCCAGACGCUGAUAGAAAGGGAGGGGGGAAGCUUCCCACACUGUCCGAUUGGCUCUUCUACAAACAAACACACAGACCCAAUUGACCACAACUUUGGACUUCCAUCUCUGUUCUUAACCCUGUAUAAAUUGUAAAUGUCCUUAAAUGAGUUUUCCUAAGCGUUGUGUCCAGACAUCAGAGCUGCUAUGUAAAUAUCUGAUGCUGCAGGCCUCUUUUUGGGGGGAGGGGGGGCAUGCCCAUUUGUGGCAGAUGCUUUUGAUUGGCAGCUUGAGGGGAGGGAUUUUUGGGGGGGGGUUUGAGGCGUUGGAAUGGAACCGCAAUAAAACAGUGAAGCCACUGCUGAGUCAAUGCCAACUGGGCCAGAACGCCCUUUUCUCCCUACUCCCCUCCCUGUGUGAUGCCUUUUUCUUUUUCCCCAGUGACUCUUGGUUUAACGCUUGUGCCGCACCUUGGCUUCAGUGUCUAUGCUCUUUAAUGUUGCUUCCUUACUUCGCCUGUCUCCCCCACCCCACCUUCCCUUGCGGCAAACAGCAUGAGCCGCAAACCUGCUUCUCUUUUUCACUUUUCUUUUUUAAUCAAAUAACAACAAUAAAAAAUAAUUAUUUUGUUUUGGAGGGGAAAUCGGAGCGAGUCGCAGGAUUUCCCUGAAAACCGGGUGAAAGAAGAGUGCUUUGUGCAGUCCGUGAUGGAUUUGGCCACGCUCCCUGCUCGUUCCCUGCCUCCUGCCAGCCGUGUGCGAGCGCAGGAGGGGGGUCUCUUGCCUGAGAGCCUGGAGGGGGGCGUGGGGAAGGUUGGCGCACGGAGGUCUUUGGAAGCAGGUGGUGUUGUGUUCAGUUGAAGCUGUGAAAAUAAAGUUAUAUCAAUGUUUUCCAAUAAAAUGCAGUGACUACCUGAA